CAUCGCACCGCGUCUGUCCCCAGCGCUCACACCGCGCCGCAUUGAGGAUCGUACCCUUAUAGAGGAGCAGCACGAAUUACGCGCAACACAGUGCGUAAAAUCCACAGCCGAGGCUUCAGUGUGACUGCGCUUCAGAUCAACCAAUAUGCAUUUGAUUCCAGUGGAGUGCAGGUGAUCAGAUGCUGAGGUCGACGUCAAACUCUCAACCCUGCAGGUCAAGAAGUACCUUUUAAGCUACGGUGAGGCGUAAGAGUCCGCGGCACAUGGAUCUAGAUUGGGAUAAUGAUGCCUCUGAUUUUGAGUAACAUCUUGCAUCCAUGAAAUUUGAGGAUUGCUUUUUUGUCUUUGGGAUUUGAAGCGUACAUAUGGAAAUGAAAUGGAGAAAAUGUUUGGAUUACACCUUGUUUGUUAAUGCCAUUCCUACAUUUCACAAUGGGAUUGCCAAGAUUGAACCAUAAAACAAAGUUUUUUGACAUGUUUGUGCUUUCGUCAAGUAGCUAUUCAACUUAAAACUCGACUCGAGCACAGAUAGGACUUCAAUGGCUUUGUGAUUGGUUCCCGUCAUUGAGAAACCCAACAGAUAUCAAAACGGAGGAGCUAUAGCUGUGUAUCACCGAAACGGCCUCAUCUUCCUCAGAAAGAUUCCUCUUAAAUGCCCUCUUGAGGACCUGGUGGCCUCUACCAUGACCAAAACCCGAUUGGAUUUAUAGUUUCAUUGAGCAGCGGCGAUCUCUCGUUUACCUUCCUCAACCCCAGAGUCAAGGAGCUUUUCUCAAGCAAUCAGGCGGUUCAGAACUUCAUCUUGAACGAGUUUCUGACUUCUGCCCCAUGUAGAGACAAGAGAGUUUUCAAACAUGGCUCCCCGCUGGAGAGGAGGAGCUCAGGCUUUGGCAGUGACUCUGGGAAUUCUGCAGUGCUGCGGAUGGCUGUCCGCUCAGACCGUAAGGACUAGUGUCGGGAUGAUGGGAAGAGGUCCCGAGCAAUGGCCGAUGUCCCAUGAACGGGUGAAGAGGGGAUGGGUUUGGAAUCAGUUCUUCGUCGUGGAGGAAUACACCGGGACGGAGCCGCUUUACGUCGGAAAGAUCCAUUCAGACUCUGAUGAAGGCGACGGCUCUAUAAAGUACACGAUCUCUGGAGAGGGAGCAGGGACGGUCUUCAUCAUAGACGAGGUCACGGGCGACAUCCACGCCACCGAGCGUCUGGACCGAGAGGAGAAGACCUUCUACACCUUACGAGCUCAGGCGCGAGACCGCCAGACCGACGCGCCGCUGGAACCCGAGUCUGAGUUCGUCAUCAAAGUCCAGGACAUCAACGACAGCGAGCCCAAGUUUCUAGAAGGUCCCUACAUUGGGAGUGUGGCCGAGCUCUCUCCUAUCGGUACGUCAGUAAUGAAGGUUAUGGCCUCGGACGCUGAUGAUCCGACCUAUGGAAGCAGUGCUCGGAUAGUUUACAGCGUCCUGGAAGGAGAACUAUUCUUUACUGUUGACCAACAAACAGGAGUGAUCCGGACGGCCGUGGCGGAUCUGGAUCGUGAGACGCAGGACCGCUAUGAGCUGGUUGUCAAGGCAACAGAUAUGGCAGGCCAAAUGGGCGGCCUCUCCGGUUCCACCACAGUGACUAUAGUGAUCACGGAUGUUAAUGACAACCCUCCACGCUUCCCUCAGAAGAUGUAUCAGUUUUCGGUCUCGGAGGGUGCGGCCGUUGGGACGCCGAUCGGCCGGGUGAUCGCGACAGAUGCAGACAUGGACGAGAAUACGGAUAUGAGUUACCUGAUCAAAGACGAGGAGGGCGGAGAGCUGUUCAGAGUCUCGACUGACGGAGACACACAAGAGGCCGUCAUCACCAUCAAAAAGCCUCUUGACUUUGAGAACAAGCGCACUCAUAACGUGGUCGUGGAGGCUCUAGCAAACAGGGGCUUUGCCCAGAGCCCCAUCACUCUCUCCCGCACCCGUACCACCCAAUACCAGCGGGACGACGAGCGGAUGAAGCCCUCGGAGAGCACUAUACCUGCUAGAAAAACACACUCCUGCUAUUUGGACAGGACAUAUUUGUUCUCUAUAGACCGGAGCACAGACCAGGAGCAGAUCUUUAACAUCGAUGCUGUAACAGGUGCUAUCACUCUGGGAAAGAUCCUGGACCGGGAAACUGCCGGCUGGCACAACAUCACAGUUACCGCGGUGGAAGCAGGUACAAACCCUGAUUACUUCACUCCAUCAAUCGCAAAGUCCGGCUGUGAUGGUUCUGAUGAUGAUGGUUUCAUCUGUCUCUUCUCAGAUAACCAGUCCAUGGCGUCUCAGACGGCGGCUCUUAAUGGUGUCCGGCGUCGCAUUAUCAGCCGCAGACAGAAGUGGAGCGCUGCGAAUAAUGAGGCCGAUGGGAAGCACAGACACCGCCGACCUCGACUGGAAGGAGACAGUCAUCCGGUGUCUAGAGAGGCUCCGAUCCGGAACCCCUCCGCCGGCCGUUCCUCAGUCAAGACCGCCGAAGACAAGCCUGCCAGCUGCUCAGAAGUCAAGUUCGCUGGCCACACCGAAUUCCAGCGCGCUGGCCGUGCCGUUAUCAUGCCCGUCGGCUGCUCCUAUAGCAAGCCCGCCGGCCGCUCCAGUCUCAUUCACACCAUCAGUGUGGUGGACAGAGACGAACCGCAGUCUGGACAUCGAUUCUAUUUCACACUGGCACCCGAGGCCACCAACAACCGCCAUUUCACACUAUGGGACAUCAAGGUGACUGGGCCCGAUGCCGCUCACAAAAAGGAGCUCAUUCACACCAUCAGUGUGGUGGACAGAGACGAACCGCAGUCUGGACAUCGAUUCUAUUUCACACUGGCACCCGAGGCCACCAACAACCGCCAUUUCACACUAUGGGACAUCAAGGACAACACAGCCGGCAUCAGGACGCAGCGCUCUGGAUUCAACCGUCAGGAGCAGAACGUGUACCUGCUGCCCAUCCUGGUGGUGGACAGCGGCCCUCCGGCCCUCAGCAGCACGGGGACCCUCACCAUCCACGUGUGCGGCUGUGACACGGACGGAGCCAUUCAGUCCUGCAACGCCACGGCCUACGUCAUGUCAGCCGCGCUCAGCCCCGGUGCUCUCAUCGCGCUGCUGGUCUGCAUCCUCAUCCUCAUCGUCCUGGUGCUGCUGAUCUUGACCCUCAAGCGUCACAGGAAGGGCCAGCUCAUGUCUGAAGACGAGGAGGACAUGCGCGACAACGUCAUCAAAUACAACGACGAGGGUGGCGGCGAGCAGGACACCCAGGCGUAUGACAUGAGUGCCCUGCGCAGCCUCUACGACUUCCCCGAGGUCAAAAACUCAGAUUCGGGCCCCGACCUGCGCCCGGUCCCGCAGUGGAUCCAGAACAGAGUGGUUGGAGAUGGCGGCCCGGCUGACUUCUCGGUUUUCAAAGGCUACAUACGCAAGAAGGUGGAGCAGGCGGACGCGGACUUGUCGGUGCCGCCGUACGACUCGUUCCAGACUUACGCUUUCGAGGGCAGCAGCUCGCCGGCUCUCUCGCUAAGCUCCAUCCAUACGCUGUCUACCCCCUCGGAGCAGGACUUCUCGUACCUCAGCGACUGGGGGCCGCGCUUCAGGCAGCUGGCGGGAUACUACGCCCCGGCCCAACCUGAGGAAGAAGGGUCCUAGCACCAUCCUGUGAACAGCAUCCCGUCAUUUUUUUCUCCCUGCAGUUCCCAGUUUGGAUCCCAGUCAGUCUGGAGAGUUUUAAUGUCACCCGUUACACUUUGUAAAGUGACUUCUCAUCUUGUAGAAAAGUUCAGGACAAAUAUUGAAGGAGAAAAACAACUAGGCCGGGUGCUGGGC